AGCACAUAAACUGGUGUUUGGUUUGUGUUUUUCGUUGAAGUAUUGAAAAAGUGAUGCUUUUUAUGAGUAUUAAUAUUAAAUAUAUUGUGAAACGACUCAACCAUUUGUGCUCUGGUUUUGAAUUGAAUGUGAUAUCAGUUGCGGAUAAUUAGAUGAAUGUCUCAUCACGAAGGAGUGAGCUGUGAUUCGUGCCUUAAGGGCAACUUCAGGGGCAGAAGAUUCAAGUGUUUGAUUUGCUUCGACUACGACCUCUGCGCCGCCUGUUUCGAGUCGGGCGUCACUUCCACCAGACAUACCACCGAUCAUCCCAUGCAAUGCAUACUUACCAGAAGUGAUUUCGACAUAUACUAUGGCGGAGAGACGGUGUCUGUGGAACAGCCACAGGCCUACACGUGUCCAUUCUGUACGCGAAUGGGAUUCACUGAAGCCACUCUUCAGGAACACGUGACCUCAGAACACGCCGACACCAACACCGAAGUGGUGUGUCCCGUUUGUGCAGCCCUUCCCGGGGAGCCGCAGACGGCUAUUAGGGGUCGACGAGCACCUCAUCCGACCAGAGGGUUGAAUAGUGUGAGAGCGCGUCGAUCGCAGAUGCAGUUCAGCUCGAACUCUGGUUUGUCGUCAUUGACGUCAAACAAUAGGGAUUCAAUGGAUCCGAUCGCCGAACUGUUGUCGCAGUUGUCGGGUGUGCGCCGAGCGGCCAAUUUGGGUCAAUCGCAUCCAACGCCUCAAUUACAACAGUUGCAAAUGCAGUUGCAAUUGGACCGGACGUCGUCCACACCAUUGCGACAGCCGUUCGAUAGGGCGCCCAUCGAAAGAGUGAUCCGUCGACACCAACAGCAGUCAUCUCAACAACAAUUGCAGUCAAACUCCUCUCAGUCCGCAGUAAACGGAACUCAACAGCAAUUGCCUUAUGUUGUGCUAAUGGAGCCCAAUCCUAGUCCCGCCACCUUAGCCGCGGCCGCCGCUGCUGUCACUCAGACCAAUAGUACCGGUAAUCAAAAUACCACUACAAGUAUAGCGACGUCUAAGAGCGCCAACUCUUCACAAUUUCUACUUUCGAGGUGUAAUGAAGUGGUCUUCUCUGAUAGCGAACAACAACUGAUUGAAGUGCAAAGAGUAGACCGAAGUCUCUUUGUUCAGGAGCUCUUACUUACGACACUAACCGAGUCCUUGAAUUUAGACGAAACGCAUCCCAACUCUCGCAGUGAUGUACAGUCCUAUGAACAGUAUGUGAAUCACACAUACAAUGACUUAUCAAACGAUGAUAACGACGAGCGACUAGUGUUGGGCGCAGAGAAUGAGAAUCAUUCAAACGUGAAUUGCAAUGAAAACGAAAGGCCGACGGCUUUGCAUCUGUAUAACAGCGCCAAACAACACACAAACCCUAACCAACCGUUGCAAACACAGCAACACUUACAGCAACCGCUUCUACACCGACGACAGCAGAAUAAGUCGCGACAGACGUCCGGCUCGCGAGUCAACAGUACGGCCGCCGCCGCCAACACUAACACCAGUCGAAACGUGAACAGAACGGGCGGCACAUCUCCUAAUGCGUCCACUCGUCGCAAAGUAUUGAGAGGACAGCCAUCAGAACCGCCACCACAUUAGCCAAUGGGAGACUUGUCUGCGCUCAACCAAAAUCAUAAGUUUUGGUCUAAAAUAUUAUUAUUAUUAUAUUCUAAUAAAUUCUAUUAAAAAGCAAACUCUGCGCCCGUUUUGUAUAUAAUUAAUGAAUAACUGUAUUAAUCGGUGAUUCGAUACAUAUUUCAGAAAUAUUACUGUUAUUAAAAGAGGCGGAAAGGCUUUCUAUUUAUCAAAACCAGGGUUUUAUUCUCGUCUUAACUAUAAAUGUAUUGUAAUAUAAAACAAAACCAAAAUAUUUAAAAACAAUAAUACAAUUAAUACUGAAAUAUACUGUUUUGGUUGACUUUAUUAACUCAUUACUGAAAAUUGAAAAAUUGAAUUAUUCUUCAGACACCGCAUCCAAAGCCUAAAACCAAUUUAUAAACAAUAACUCUGACUUAAAAGUACUUUGACUUCAACUAAAUUAUCGCUCAAACCAUUUGAUUAACUAAUAAUUUAAUAAUAAAAUUAACGAAUGAAUGAAUGAGUGAAAGCAAAACCC